CGAGCGUACGGAACGAGCGUCUGAACACGAGAGAGUGUCACGUCACACGUCUGUGGUUUUCGCGGUUUUUCGUUGAAGUUAGUGAGGUGAGACAGCGCGCGAUCGGGGAUGACCCACAAGUGCCCUUACGCGCGUGUUACGCGGUGAAGACCUGCAGAACUUGCUGCAGUGACCUCGCCUGGGAAGGAAGCCGAGGUGUGAUUUUUUUUUCGAGGGGCGACAAGACCUGUGAAGUUUGGUGAAGUUCAGCGUUGCGAGGUGGAUAAGCAAACAGAAGGUUUGGAAGGUCUGGAAGAAGUGGUUCAGGAAACGAGUUCCGCUAGUGAUACCUUUGAGGGGUGAACCUUGUGCGCAAGUGUGAAGAGGUUGUCCGGUGACGAAACUGAAGUUUUGAGGAAGAUCGGUGCAGUGAUCCCGGGCACUGGAUAAGCCCACUCUCUGCUGAAACAGCCGCGCUCGAUCGCCGUCAAGAAGUGCAGCAAGAAGUGACUGUACAACGAUCUGUCGGGUAGUAUGCUAAUGAGUUGCGUUCGACAAGUCAAUAAAUUAUGAACAACUCAAAGGAGUCAUAGCUCAUGACGCAGAAAUCUUGGAGGUUCUCGAGUUGCGUUGGUUGACCGCUGAAGUCCGCGUGUUGUGCAAGCGGUUCGGCCGAAGGAGGUAGUUCAACAGAGAAACGUCUUAGAAAACAGUGUGAUAUAACACCCCUAAACGGCGGCAAAAUCGCCUUUCGGCAGCAACUGCAACUGGAUAAUGAGCUUGCGAAAAGUGGCCGUCCGUACAAUAGUGACAAAUUGCUAAAAGUAGCUGGGCAAUUGCACCCGCAGAAGAUCGCAGUGUUUUUUCGGACAUCUUCCGGGGAGCGCUAAGCUGCGUGAAGUUCAACCCCCCGCGUAAUGAUCAAUUGUGUGUUAAUUACCUGAUUAACCCAAAACCAUCGCCACCAGCAUCAGCAGCAACACUUGUUUGCAGUCCAAAAACUCCAAACUAAACUUAAAGAACGGGUCCUUCCCCGGGUCCGCUUUGACUUAUGACUCGCCGCUGAAAGAGCAACUGGAAAGCAAGCGAAAAAAAAAGAGCUGCAUGGAAGUCAGUUGUUGCAAAACCGGCCCCCGGUUUGCAGACCUUCGUGAAGAACUCUUCUACUGCCGUUGAUUUUUCUUUCCAAAAGACCUCGCGGGGAUUGUCGGCUGUGUGUGUGUGCGCGCGAAGAUAUGUGAAAAGCGCGAUUUCAGAAAAGAAAUCCAGUUUUCGAGGGAGGAGCGGCCACACCCUCGUACUCCUCUUUCUGCAAGAGGGAUCCCCACGGUUCUGCGAGCAAGCGCCGACGAAGAUCAAUUUCGCCAGGCGGAGACCUCUCCGCAGGAACCCUCAGAGGAACCGGCCUCUUUGGCAACCUUUUUAAAGUUGCUUUUUUUUGCUUGCCUUCUACUUGGAGCUUGACUUUGGUGGUAUUGGUUUGCGAUCUGAGCCAGUGUUGGUGAUUUUUCUGUUGAUGUUGUUCCAAAGGGGGGGCACAUUCUUUGGCCGCUGAUUUAUGCAUGCUCAAAAUAAGGCGCAUUUUAGCGACUCGACCAGAAGUGCCUGCUCAACAACGCCACACAUGGUCAGGACCGGUUCCGCGGCGGACACUACGGCUUGCGAGAGUUGAGCUAUCCAGACCCCGGACUGCGGUGGACCCCUCGGAAGAACUUCAAGGUUGAAAACCUAGCUGUGAAAAGUGAGCGAAACUUUGUGAAACUUGAAAAAAUCGUGAAACAUAACCUCAAAAUCGACGAAGAAAGUGAAAAAGGAAGAAUAUCAUCUCAAAUUGCUUGUGCGUCACAAAGGUUUUUUUUUUUUCUAAGUAGCUAAAUUUCAAUGAUGAGCCAAAAUUAACAUACCAAGACACCCCUUACGAACCAACAUUAGAAGCAGCAGGAGCUUGCAAUUAAUUUUCGACGUACCAACAGAGAAAGAAACGGUUUUGACCAACGAAAAAAAAAAAUGAGAAGCAAAACUAGUUGCAGCGGUUAGUGCGUGUGUAAAUCUGUUUUAUACCGAGUUUUAUCCAUCCGGGUGCCCCGGAAAGUGUGGUUAAAGUUGGGGCUGAAAUCCGCACCGACCCAAAGGAAUUAAGUAAUUCUGCUCAUCACUCAAGGAUACUGAACGAGCUGAAAUAAUAAAGGGGAUGUAACCGACGAAAUAAAAUCGAUCGCCAAAAACUUCAAUCUCGAUGACUUAGAUACACAAACAACUCUUAUCAUAAAACGCAGCAACAAUAUCGACAAAGAGAGAGAGAGACGAGCCAGAUUACGCACCAAAGGGACCAAGAAAUGCCACCCGGCCACCAUCUGGCCAUGACCGACACACAACGGGCCAGCCUCCCGGGAAGAGGCUCUGCCGGUGCAAUCUAAAGAUAAUCUUCGCGCAAUCGAGAGUGAACCAGUUGUAAUAACAGUGCAACCUUCCGGAGCCCUCCGGAGUUGCAGGUUAUUGUGCAGCUGCACCCAUUUCCCCCAACCCCCCCAACGACGACGGUGACGACGACGUGAAAGUGACCCAAAUCGGUGUUCUUAUGAGCGUCGUUCCGGACAACGACGCCGACCACGGACCCUACAACGAGACCCCAGCUGGAACGGUACGAGGAACCGAGGCCACAGGAAGGUGGUGGCGGGGGUGGAGGCACCCUAAGACGACGAGGGAGUGGCUGCGGCAGCAAGAUGAGUACAAAUUCACCCGGAACGCCGAAAAAGUGUCGGCUCAUACUGCAGCAGUGUCUGGCCAUCCAGCUGACCAAGCCGGGCCAUCCGCCGGAAGAUUUCUGGAUGUACGAUAGCGGCUACACGAUCUUUCAGAACUUCCUCUCGGCGAACCUGCAGUGCUGGUGGAAUGCCCCGCUGGCGGCCGCCACCAAGGUACUGCGCUACCUUGGCCACAUCUCGCCCGGGAUGCUGCUGAUAACGGCCGAACCGUGCGCCCUCGAGAUCAUCCGGAGUGCGUACGCGCGCAGCGUCCUCAAACCGCCGGCCACCUAUCUGAUCUGCUCCGUCGGUGACAUUGACGACUGCAUCGUGACGCCGAUCGUGCAGACGCAGUUCACGCCCCUCACCGAGGCCCUCUGCGACGUCAUCAUGGAGCUCACGUCCCAGGGCCAGUCGGCGACGGUCGAGCACAUCCGGACGCGGCUGCGGAGCAGAUUCACGCACAUGCAGCAACCUUCGGUGGAGGUGAUUUACGACACGCUUGUACAGCUGAUGCAGGAGAUCAAGAUCUACCAAACAUCCAAGGGUUACUUCAUCGUCACGCCCGAAAAACGACGUAGCAAGUCGAAACCGAACGAGUACAACAGCUUUGCAAGUGCGAGCGACGAAUCCACCCAUCCGCCCCAGAAGGAGUCCAAGACGAUGCUGAUGAGCAGCCACGAGGCGUUGCGUUCGCUGUACGGCGAGAUCUCGACGGAGCGGGACGGCGACCUGACGCACCAGUGCAUCCAGACGAACCUGGCUGACGUGAUCUGCGGCGGCAACCCGAACGACAAGAUCCUGUACGCGAGAACCGGCAGCGGAGGUGGGAUCAGUGGUGGGAGUAGCAGCAAGCAGCGCAGCGCAUCGUUGGCCGGUAGCCAUAAGACGCUGGAGCGAAGGCACAGCUUGCGGAUCUUCGGGUCUUCCAAGCGACUGCAGCGAUCGGCUUCGACGCGGAGCCUGUCCAAGAACUACGCCCAGACCAUAUCGAAGGAUACGAGCGCAGCAGCGGGGAGCUCGUCGAGCUCGGAGAACCAGUCCAAUUGUGAUACGAAAAAACAAGCGUCUUCCCAAUCGCUGCUGUCGAGGAUCUUCCGGCGAAGCACCCGAUCCAAGAGUAAAACGAAACAGAUCGAGACGUACUCGGCGCAGUUUCCACCGCCCGAGUGGUUCAACUCCAAGACGACCCAUCUGCACAGCGUCGGCACCCAAACCAUGGACUAUCUGGACAUGCCGAUCAAGUCCCGCCUGACAAACUCGACGUUCUACGACAGCUCGGACGUGAGCCAGCGAUCGCUGUCCCUCCCGCGACGACGCCACCACCGGCGAAACCUGUCCAGCGAGUCGACGUUCUUCAUCUCGUCGCGGGACUGUUCGCCGGUUCGUCGGGGCAAGUCACCCUCGUACUACUGCGGCAGUUUGCCCCGAUCGAUCCACUCGACGCCGGCGAGUUCCGGCUACUACAAGGUGUCCCGCAGCAAGCAGCAGCUGUCGUCGUCGGAAAGGCUGCACAGCAACAGCCAGCACAAGAUCGAGAGCGGCAAGCAGUCGUCGGGCAGUCGAGUCGGCAGCGGUCCGUCCAGCAUCGAUAGCGGCAAGAUGACGUACAUCACGUCGGGGCCGUCCAGUUUCGACAGUGAAAAGCUGUCUUCGACGCGGACGAGCACGCACUCGAGUCUGGAGUCGCACGUGUCAGCUGCGACGGUGACCACGACGAUCCAGCAGCAGUCGACGACGUCGAGCUACUUCAUCGCGAACGACAUGAAGCCUUCGUACGUGAGCGCGGGUUCGGGAUCGAAGGAUCGGCCACCGCCAGCUCCAGCGGUGACGACCACCACGAGCAGCGGAAGCAGCGGAUCAUCCAAGACCAACAAUAACCACAACCAAUACAAGGGGUUUGAAACCACCUUCGGGUACAAUAAACAGGCCAUCAACACUAGCACAAAUAACAAUCAUAGCAAUAGUAGUAGCAACCAUCUUGUUAAGAACUCAAAUGCACUUUGUAAUGAAGCCAUUACGAAUAACGGCAUUUUAAGGUUAGACACCGACCAGCCGUCCACGAACGGCCAGGACGGGCCCCGGCACGAUCAGCUGUCGGCGCUCAACGAAACCCUGCUAAACUUUAAACUCCACGCCGACUCCGGACCCCCAGACCUGCACGAGCUCAACCGCUACAACAAAAACAUCCAAGCCAACCAGGAAAACACUCCCAUGAACAACAGCAAAACGUUGCCAUCGACGCCUCCAGUACAACCGGCCAAUUUUUUCUACAAAAACGUCCUCAAGAACAUCCAGCACGACGCCAAGAACAUCUGCGGGGACCUCGCCACGGACAAGGACUUCCUGCCCGAGCACGACCACCAAUCAAACCUGCGUCGAUCCAACUCCGAAAUCAAAAAGCUCAACUCCAACCCAACCCCCCACAACAACAACCCCUCCUCCCCGGAAAAGAUCAGCGGCCUAAUCGUAAUGAAGAAGAGCCUCUCCGUCUCCAGCGAACCCAACCUGGCGAACCAACUCCAGGAAACGACCACCACCAACAAAAUCACCAUCCUGCUCAAAGACACCGACAAACCCAACAACUCGGACCGCCGCUUCUCCUUCCAAAGCAAGGACGAUCCCAUGAUCGACGAGAUCUACUGUGACUUCCCCUCGCUGACGGACCUGAGCUUCAACUUCACAUCCCUAGCGGCCCAGAAGAUCCUGCAAGGGCGGGACGCCAGCCUCAACUCCAUCGACACCCUCGUCGAGCUGAACAUCAACCAGGAAAAGCAGCAAACCAUCAUGAAGCUGAAGCACGAUGCCGCCCGGAUGCUGGGCCAGCAGGACGCCGGCGCGGAAACAAAGCCCGACUACGGAGUGGUGUGAGCCGCGACGCGGCCAAACAAACUGUACAUUAAACCCAAGUAUAAGUGCCAAUAUCUUAACGAAACGAACAUUUAUCUGUAAUUAUAUAGCGACCUUUGCUAAGUAUUAUUCACGUACACGCUAUUAUAUAGUUGAAUCUGUUAAUUAAUUAUAUUAUAUUAACGACCUAAGCGAUCUGAGCAGAAGACGAACAUUUGGAGGAUUUUUAAACUUUGUAAAACUAUUACUCGUUACGGAAAAAUCGAACAUUUACUCAACUGUGGUAACAACCUUCUACAAUGAAAAAGAAACUUAAUGGCCUACAAUCACUUAGCUUAGAAAAUUUCACUUAGCUUAGGAAUUUGAAUCAAUGGAAAUGAAGCCGAGCUUCUACAAUGGAAAAGUAAUCAAAUUAGAAACUGACGUAUGGUUUGAAAAAUUUCAAAAUCUACGGUAAGUUGACGUUUCAAUAUCAAAGGUAAACAAACAACUGCAUAGCAACGUAUAUCAGCCCAGCAAAAUUUCUAAGUUGAUUGUGGAAGACGGCCGUAAGUUGCGUACUUUCCUAAGUAACUACUUUACUUAGAUGUUCUAAGCUAAGUGAUUGUAGAUAGGCCAUAACACGUACUUACACCUGUAGGGAUUAUCGGUUGCAGGAUUGAAUAUGUAAUAAAUUAUUAAAUGAGUAUUUAUUAUAAGAUUGAUAUAAUUCAUAAAUAAGAGUUAAGAGCGCAACAAAAAGUGCGCACCUUCAUGAAUAUUGCCUUGUUAGCUGAUUGUGGAUUGAGUGCGAGAGCGCGCUAGCGAGCUGCGAGAGAGAACAACGAGUGAGAAAACAACGAGAUGCGCGCGGCCGGCGAAAGGGAGAAUGAAGAUUGUCAAAUCAGUUUUGUGGUUAAUUUCUGUGGAAUAAGACGUGUUGUUUGUUAAUUGCAAAAUAUCUGUGUUUUUAUUAUAAAAGAAAGUCCCCGAUCACGACAAUGGCACAGUCCGGUAAGUCGAACCUUUUGAUUCAUGAAAGAUCAUUUGUUUUGCUUGAAUUGUUGUGUUGUGAAAUCCAACAGUUUUGUUUACCUGCCAGGAUACAGGUCCAAAGUUUCGCUUUGUUGUUUUGCCUGUGUUUUGAAACAGGUAGAUUUUUGCUUGAACUUGUUAUUUGAAAUUGAUAAAAGGCAUAAAACUAUCUGCGAUAAUUGACGGUCUUGAAUUUAAUGAAUGAUUUGCUUGUUGUUGUGAUAUUGGCAACGAAUGUUUUGUUUUGAA